AUGAACACAAGUACUCUUACAGGUAAAGGAAAGGCAUAUAGAAGGCAUUUCUUUGUCUCAUUUCCUUUUCUUUCGUUCUCUCUUUUGUUAUCCCCCAUAUAUAUCUCAUUUCUUGUUAUUCCCUAUCUGUCUCUCUCUUUCUCAUUAACCCCUAUUUCUCUCUCAUUUUUUCUCUCUCUCUCUCACUGUUGUUUCCCCCCCUUUCUCUCUCUCUUUCUCUCUCUUGUUUUCUCUUUCUCUCUCUUGUUUUCUCUCUCUUGUUUUCUCUCUCUCUCUCACUGUUGUUUCCCCCCUCUCUCUCUCUUUCUCUCUUGUUUUCUCUCUUUUUUCUCUCUCUUGUUUUCUCUCUCUUGUUUUCUCUCUCUUGUUUUCUCUCUCUUGUUUUCUCUCUCUUGUUUUCUCUCUCGUUUUCUCUCUCUUUCUCUCUCUUGUUUUCUCUCUCUUUCUCUCUCUUGUUUUCUCUUUCUCUUUCUCUCUCUUGUUUUCUCUUUCUCUUUCUCUCUCUUGUUUUCUCUUUCUCUUUCUCUCUCUCUCUUGUUUUCUCUUUCUCUUUCUCUCUCUCUCUUGUUUUCUCUUUCUCUUUCUCUCUCUCUCUUGUUUUCUCUUUCUCUUUCUCUCUCUCUCUUGUUUUCUCUUUCUCUUUCUCUCUCUCUCUUGUUUUCUCUUUCUCUUUCUCUCUCUCUCUUGUUUUCUCUUUCUCUUUCUCUCUCUCUCUUGUUUUCUCUUUCUGUUUUCUCUCUCUUGUUUUCUCUUUCUCUUCUCUCUCUCUUGUUUUUCUCUUUCUCUUUCUCUCUCUCUCUUGUUUUUCUCUUUUUUUCUCUCUCUCUCUUGUUUUCUCUUUCUCUUUCUCUCUCUCUCUUUUUUCUCUUUCUCUUUCUGUUUUUUCAUUCUCCCCCUCUCUCUCUGGUUUUUCUCUCUCUCUCUCUCUCUCUCUCUCUCUCAUUUCUCCUCUAUCUCUUUUUCUUAAGUGUUCACAUAAUAUACAAUGUUGAAAAAAUGCUUAUCCAUCUAUCUUGUUUUUUGUUUCUUGUUCUCUUUCCUUCAUCUCUUUUUUUCCCUUUUCUCCUUUUAACUCUUUUUCUUCUCUAUUCUCCCCUUCGUCUUUUUCUCUUCUCUAUUUUCUCCUUCGUCUCUUUUUCUUCUCUAUUUUCCUCCCUUCAUCUCUUUUUCUUCUCUAUUUUCCUCCCUUCAUCUCUUUUUCUUCUCUAUUUUCCUCCCUUCAUCUCUUUUUCUUCUCUAUUUUCCUCCCUUCAUCUCUUUUUCUCUCUAUUCUCCCUUCGUCUCUUUUUUUCUUCUCUUUUUCCCCUUCGUCUCUUUUUUUCUCUAUUUUCCCCCCUUCGUCUCUUUUUCUUCUCUAUUCUCCACUUCGUCUCUUUUUCUUCUCUAUUUUCCUCCCUUCAUCUCUUUUUCUUCUCUAUUUUCCUCCUUCAUCUCUUUUUUUUCUUCUCUAUUUCCUCCCUUCAUCUCUUUUUUUUUCUCUAUUUUCCUCCCUUCAACUCUUUUUCUUCUCUAUUUUCCCCUUCGUCUCUUUUUUUUCUCUAUUUUCCCCCCUUCGUCUCUUUUUCUUCUCUAUUUUCCCCCCUUCGUCUCUUUUUCUUCUCUAUUUUCCCCCCUUCGUCUCUUUUUCUUCUUCUCUUUUUUCCCCUUCGUCUCUUUUUCUUCUCUAUUUUCCCCUUCGUCUCUUUUUUUCUCUAUUUUCCCCUUCGUCUCUUUUUUUUUUCUCUAUUUUCCCCCUUCGUCUCUUUUUUUUCUCUAUUUUUCCCCCCUUGUCUCUUUUUUUCUUCUCUAUUUUCCCCCCCUUUGUCUCUUUUUUCUUCUCUAUUUUCCCCCCCUUCGUCUCUUUUUUCUUCUCUAUUUUCCCCCCCUUUGUCUCUUUUUCUUCUCUUUUUCCCCCCUUUGUCUCUUUUUUUCUUCUCUAUUUUCCCCCUUUGUCUCUUUUUCUUCUCUAUUUUCCCCCCUUUGUCUCCUUUUCUUCUCUAUUUUCUCCUUCUUCUCUAUUUUCACCCCUUCAUCUCUUUUUCUUCACUAUUUCCCCCCCUUCAUCUCUUUUUGUCUCUAGUUCCCUUUAUUUUUUUCUGCAGAUAA